GCAGCUCCUGCAGGAAUGUGCGUCCUCCCUCCCUUCCUGCCUGCCUUUCUCUCCAGCUUCGGGCUGCAAGCAAGUGAGACCUGAGCCUACCAAGACCAUCACUAUGACCGAUGGGGACUAUGACUAUCUGAUCAAACUCCUGGCACUGGGAGAUUCUGGUGUAGGAAAGACAACUUUCCUUUAUCGAUACACUGACAACAAAUUUAACCCCAAAUUCAUCACAACAGUAGGAAUUGACUUUAGGGAAAAGCGUGUGGUUUAUAACACCCAGGGACCAAAUGGAACUGCAGGGAAAGCAUUUAAGGUGCAUCUUCAGUUGUGGGACACAGCCGGACAAGAGCGAUUCCGAAGUCUCACGACUGCAUUUUUCAGAGACGCCAUGGGUUUCUUAUUAAUGUUCGACCUUACAAGUCAACAGAGCUUCUUAAAUGUCAGAAACUGGAUGAGCCAACUGCAAGCAAAUGCUUAUUGUGAAAAUCCAGAUAUCGUAUUAAUCGGCAAUAAGGCAGACCUGCCUGACCAGAGGGAAGUCAAUGAGCGGCAAGCCCGGGAGUUAGCAGACAAGUACAGCAUACCAUAUUUUGAAACAAGUGCAGCAACUGGCCAGAAUGUGGAGAAAGCAGUGGAAACCCUCCUGGACUUAAUAAUGAAGCGAAUGGAACAAUGUGUUGAGAAAACUCAAGUCCCUGACACAGUUAAUGGUGGGAACACUGGAAAACUUGAUGGAGAAAAACCAACAGAGAAAAAAUGUGCCUGCUAAGCUCUAACUAGGAAAAAUUCAUCCAGAAGUUCACCCAGAUACUGCUUUCCUAAGGAGAAACCACAAAAUUAUUGUUGAGUUGAACAUGCACAAUGGCAUGUCUUUCUUUUUCUGCCAGAAGUUUAUUUUAAGAAGCCAGACUAGUAAAGAAUGUUCAAAAGAGUUGACCGGUUAACUCUGAGACCUCUCCAAAAAGAGCAAAGCUUUCUUUCCUAUUGGGAUCUCACCAUUAUGGAUUCCCAACAAGAUCAUCUUAUAAAGAAGAUAAGUAUAUAAAAAUCUAUACAAGAAGAAGUAGCAGUUUUAAAUAAGAAAAAUUACCUAGCUACAUUGAGAAAUGGAUAAUGUAGACAUAUUAUGUAUGUGAAUAGUUAUUUUUAAGAUUUUAUUUUCUAGUUAUAUAAAAUUUGAUCUAUAUGUUUAGGUUUGCAUUGGGGAGAAUGAUAAAAUAAAAAUGGAUCUAUAGUAUAGAAUACUUUUUGGCUAAUUAAGAAUGAUAUCAACACAUGUAUCCAAUAAGAUGUAUUUGAGUGACUAAAUUCUUUUUAUGGUUAUGAGAAAAUGAGUGCCAGACUUCUGCUUAAAUAUUGAAGAUUGAAUGAUCAUGCCAUUUUUAUAUUUUAUUGACAGGUAGACAAGUAUCAGACUAUGUGAAUAUGUAAAUGGCAUAUUAUAAGAGAAAAAACUCGGAAAAA